GUCCAUGCAAGGCAGGAUCACAGCACAAGCGUUCAGUUUUGACCAGCAGUUUAAACCCUAUCAAAAGGAUGAAUUUGUUAUGGCCUUUUUUAAUGAUCAAAAUGUGAACUCCAGUUUAAAGUUGCUCUCCGCUUCAGGACAAUGGACUACAUUGGGUUCCAAAGUGACAAAAAUUGAAGCUACAGUGGUGCCCUGUACACAGAUUUCCAUGUCAUUUUUUGACCGGCUGUACUCUGAAGGAGUUGUUAGAGAAACUGGAGAUAUUGUGAAAUGUUAUGAUGACUAUUACGAUGAUAUUCUCAUUUCUGAUGAAUUAAGAAAGGUCUUGCUUCUGGAAGAUUCAGACCAUUAUAACAUAUUCAGUCAGUUGGAUCGCAAGGAAUUUCUAUUCUGUCUUUUUAAGCAUCUUUGCAUUGGAGGAACUCUUUGCCAGUUCGAAGAUGUACUUGGCCCAUACUUAGAAACUACAAAAGCUUUAUAUAAAGACUUGGUGAGUGUUCAAAAGGAUCCUGAAACAAAAGAAAUAGGUAUUAUUUCUACAGUCUUCAGAGUGUCUGCUUAUGAUGGUGAUGGCCUACGUUACCCCUCAAGCAUCACCCACGAACAGACCUUUGCCUACUUGGUCGUGGACCCCUGCAAGCGACACGUGCAUGUCCUGUACCACUGCUUCGGCGGAAGCUUAUUCACUGACUAG